GAACUGCCAGCCAAUGCACAGCACUUCAGCAGCGGCUUUCAAACCAGGCUGAAGUGGAGAAUGGUCUCGCCAGCUACAUGCCUGAAGUUUCUUCUCAGAGCUACCCUGAGACGUACUCAGAGCACCACACGUUUUUUCUCAUCGUGUUUGUCUCCAUCUGGUCCCUCAAACGUGCUUCUCAAGCACAUUCAGAUCAUCAGAACAAGGGAGACUGGCUGCACUGAUUUUCAUUAGAGCCUGAUGAAUAGGACAACAGCUCGCUGUUUCGGAUGGAAAGCAAGACCCUCUUCCUAAGCCUAUUGCUCUGCUACAGUUUGCUCAGAGCUGCUGGUUCUUAUAUGGUAAUUGAGGAGAAGACAGAAUGCAACCUGUCAAGGAGCAACAAAAUGAAUCUCCAAGAUCUCCCAGCCAUCUCCAUAGUAGAUUUAACUAAAAAAUCCCAGAAAGUCAGCAGGAAAGAGGCAGAGAACAAGAAAUCUUCCAAGAAAAAGGCUGAACCGAAGACAUCUCCAAAACCAAGGCCCACGCCAGCUGCUGACUGUGUGCCAAACUUCAAAACCUGCAAACCACACUUGAAUUCAUGUUGUAACUACUGUGCUUUGUGCAAAUGCCGAAUUUUUCAGACCAUCUGCCGAUGCCUAAUGUUAAGCCCAAAGUGCUAACCCAAACCAGGAACACGAUAAGGCUUCCGUCUUCCAUUAGCUUCAAGUGUGUAUUUCAAACUACCCAUGUGUAUGGCAAUCAAAGUAGAUAGCUUUGCAGCUGGCAGUUUGGAUUUGCCCCUAUUAAAUGGACAAUAGCUUUUCUUUCAUGGGGUUAAUGCUGGCAUAAACAGGAUCUUCUUUCAGGGAGCAGACAACCAGCAACAGUGACAUUGAACAAGCAUUUUUAGCAAAACUGACCUGGGUUUUAAGAAUUCUGGGUUUUUGUUUCUUUGGGGCUUGGAGGUUGUUGUUUUUUGGUUUUUUUUUUGAAGUGUCAUAUUAACCACAGACUGCAGUAUUGUCUAACCAGCACUGCAAAACCUGCACCAAAGGCACACAAAGGGCCACACUAAAACAGGACUGGUUAAUCCAGUGAGGGACCAGAGCUUGGGUUUGCCUACGACAGCACAGCACCAGCUUCCAGCACAGCCAAAAUAUCACGCUGAAAAUGCAUGUUUCAGGGUUAACUCCCUUUCCAAACAUUCAGCAAAAUUCAGGAGAAGAAUUUAUAGAAGUUAUUCUACCUGAAAAGACAGACCCAAAACAAUAGGGCAAUUUUUUAAUCACCCCUAGCUGAGCAUCAGUACAUCCACCUCCAGGGUUUUAGUCAUUCUACCAGUAACCAGUAUCUCCAAGGUGUGUAAUAUACAUAAUAUCCCAAAUGUACAUCUUGAAGAAGAUCAUUACAAGCGAUCAGUCCCUCUUCCUCUGCCCAUUAUUACUAUGGUCAACUCCCAGCAACUACCCCAAGUGUGAAUUUAGAUGGAAAACUCCAUGUGCUUCAUGCAACCACAGGAAAAAAAAAAAUUAUCAAAUGCUGUCUCAACCCUUAAAAGCUCAGAAUCAGCUCUGAAAGUAUGGAUGAAGCUCCAGGCAUCAGCAAACAGUUGUCUAGAAGACAUCUUUUUCUUGUUUUUAAAGCUCUUUGCCUUAACCUUGAGUUAUGCAAGAUGGGACAGGAAGAAACCCCUUCUUGGUUAAACUACCAGGAGAGGUGUGGUAGGUCACAGGAGAGCAAGGAGGGAGCAGACCCAGAAGCUGGCCCCAGCAUUGAAUAAUCCUCAUCUGCCAGUCUCCAGCUCUUGCUUUUUAUCUCUGUUCUGUAUCUACAACAUUCCUCUCCUCCACUCCUGCACACUCCAUUUGCUUCUGUGGGCCUUUCUUGAUUUUAGUAUUUUCCAUUCAUCCCACUGCUAUUGCCAGUCACCACAUGAGCCACGUGCACUCCCCCAGGGCUAAAGCUACAUCUUCUGUGUUCACUGCAUCUGCCUGCCAGAUGACUGCACCAGCCUUCCUACCAAUGCUCUCUAGCUUUCAGUCAGAUAUUUUCUAAAUAUAAAUUUGUAAUCCCAAUCCUGAAUUUUCUAAUGCUCUGUGCAGGUCUAAUUGAGAGGAAAUUUCUUUACUUUACUUUAUUUCUAAGCACAGCUGAGGGCUACAAAAGUCAUCAGGGCAGGCAAAGAUGGUACAGAUGACACUCUAAAGGGGCUCAAGCCAUAUGAACUUUUUUCCAUUCUAAUAAUGAAUCCAAAGCCCAGAGCUCAAAACAUAGAUGAGAUGUUGACAGAAUUGUUUGUUCGUAUUCGAGAGAUGUACAGAUGACAGAUUAAUUUAAGAAAGAGCCCAAAAGAUGACAGGAUGUCAUUACGUUCCUUAUAUUUUAUAAAAUACAUCAUCUGUCAUUAUGACACAAGCUUGAAUUCUUUUAAAUGUAAAUAAGUAUGUCCUUUAAUCAGAUAUUCUGGCUCAGGAAUCUGUAAGCCAUUCAGUUAUGAUAAAAAGAAGAUGAGAAGGAAGAAUGCUACAUUACAGUGGGCUUAGGAAACAGAAUUUGGCCCCUUCUUUUACCAGGUAAAGAUGUAGGUUCCAUCAAGUUAU